AUGGAGGCCGGGGCACCGCCCCGCGGCUGGCGCGGGAGGGUGCUUUGGCUCGUCAGCGUCGAGAUUGUGUUGGUUCUAGUCUGGACUCGAGGAGCUGGUGCGGAUUCUGGUGAAAGCAAAGCAUUGUUUCCACAAGACGUCGAAGCUGGAGAGAAGGAUGUCUACCUUAGCCACUCCUGCAUCCAUGAUGAGAUACUACAUCAGCGGCGACGAGCUGGGCGGAAGGAGUACUCUGUCAUGCCACAAGUGUACCAUGCGUCUCGGGGGAAAGCGGAGCGUGUAAGAGGACGACACUUGUUGGGUGUGUCGUCUUGGCGUGCUCCACAGAAGAAUGACAGGAAGCCAAUACGGAUAUACCUCAAUUAUGAUGCCGUCGGGCACUCGCCCGACCGGGAUUGUAAAAAUGUUGGCGACAUCGUGAAGCUUGGCGAACCUCCUGUACCAUCAGCACCAGGAACACCUAUAUGCGAUCCUCAUGGCGAUCCACCACUGGUGGGAGACUGCUGGUACAAUUGCACCCUUGAGGACAUAGCUGGGGAGGACAAAAAGCAACGUCUCCGGAAGGCACUGGGACAAACAGUAGAGUGGUUUAGAAAAGCUCUAGCUGUUGAACCUGUCAAGGGGAACCUACGGCUCAGUGGGUACUCAGCUUGUGGUCAGGAUGGAGGUGUACAACUGCCCCAUGCUUAUGUUGAAGACGGUGUUGCUAAUGCUGAUUUAGUCCUCUUAGUAACAACUAGACCAACGACAGGUAACACACUUGCAUGGGCUGUGGCCUGCGAACGUGACCAGUGGGGUCGGGCCAUUGCAGGACAUGUUAAUGUGGCACCGCGUCAUUUGACAGCUGAAGCCGAAACAUUACUUUCAGCUACUCUAAUACAUGAGGUUAUGCAUGUUUUAGGGUUUGAUCCUCAUGCCUUCACACAUUUUCGUGAUGAAAGGAAAAGGAGACGUGGUCAGGUCACUGUUCAAACUUUGGAUGAAAAGCUUGGAAGAAUGGUUACCCGUGUUGUGCUACCACGAGUUGUCAUGCACGCGAGACAUCACUAUGAAGCAUUUUCCCAAAACUUCACUGGGUUAGAAUUGGAAGACGGGGGAGGCAGGGGCACCUCAGGUUCACAUUGGGAGAAGAGGCUCUUAAUGAAUGAGAUCAUGACUGGGUCAGUUGAUACAAGAUCAGUGGUUUCAAGGAUGACUUUAGCAUUACUGGAGGACAGUGGAUGGUAUCAAGCUAAUUACAGCAUGGCAGAACAUUUAGAUUGGGGUCGGAAUCAGGGAACAGAGUUCGUUAUAUCUCCUUGCAACUCAUGGAAAGGGGCAUACCAUUGCAAUACAACUCAACUAUCAGGAUGCACAUAUAAUAGGGAGGCAGAAGGUUACUGCCCUAUAGUAAGCUAUAGUGGGGACUUGCCCAAAUGGGCUCAAUAUUUUCCCCAAGCCAAUAAAGGUGGUCAGUCUUCAUUAGCAGACUACUGCACAUACUAUGUUGCUUAUUCUGAUGGUUCAUGCACUGAUGUAAAUAGUGCACGGGCGCCUGACAGAAUGUUAGGUGAAGUGCGAGGAAGUAAUUCGAGGUGCAUGGCCUCAACUCUAGUGCGAACUGGGUUUGUACGGGGAUCUAUGACCCAAGGAAAUGGCUGUUAUCAGCAUCGCUGUACGAAUAACUCACUAGAGGUUGCUGUUGAUGGGAUCUGGAAGUCAUGUCCACAAUCCGGUGGGCCUGUUCAAUUUCCAGGAUUCAAUGGGGAAUUAAUUUGCCCGGUGUAUCAUGAGUUGUGUGCUACUGUACCAGUUCCAGUGACUGGCCAAUGUCCAAAGUCCUGCAGUUUUAACGGUGACUGCAUUGAUGGAACCUGUCACUGCUUUCCUGGUUUUCAUGGUCAUGACUGCAGCAGAAGAUCUUGCCCAGACAAGUGCAGUAACCAUGGUAUAUGCAAAGCUAAUGGGAUCUGUGAAUGUGAAAGUGGAUGGACAGGGAUUGACUGCUCAACAGAUUAUGCGGGUUACACAUGUCAGAAGGGUUCUGCAAUACUGCCCAGUCUGUCAAUGUGUCAUGAUGUACUUGUUAGAGAUUCAGAGGGGCAGCAUUGUGCGCCAAGUGAACUCAGUAUACUGCAGCAGCUUGAAACUGUAGUUCUGGUGCCAAAUUACAAUAGAUUGAUGCCAAGUGGGCGGACCUUCCUUAACUUCUUCAACAAUGCCAAUUGUGCAGCAGCUGCAAAGCGGCUAGCCUGCUGGGUACUGCUUUCUUUGACCAUUUCUCUUUUAACAUUUUUAUCAUGA